AUGUCAUCUACGAAGUCGCCGUCCGGGUCAAACAAGAAAGCCAAUGACAACUCAUUGCCACUUGCCGCGAGGGACGAACACAUGCCCGCAGUUAGGAAGCUGUCUUCGGAAAUUUCAUUCUGCCAGCUCCAGAAAAUCUUGCGGAAACGGAAUAUAGCAAUAACGGGCGGCACGAUAGAUCUGAGUGCCCUCAUGACCCAUAACCUUGAUGGGACAAUGGUAGACCCGAGGAAAGUCAUGAGCAUGCUCGGCACCAAAGAGAUUUAUUAUCAUCUCUGGGUAGCCACGAAAAGUGUCGUAGACAACACCGAGAGCAUCCAGGCCAUGAAGAGCAAAGACUCACUCGCCGAAGAAGUAUUAGCCGCCUUUCUAGUGGAACUCGGCGUAGCAUUGCUCGAUUGUGUCCCAGGACCUCACCUGACGUUCGUAAACCCCAAAAAUUACGCCUCUACAUCGAAAAUGGUCAAGGACGCCAGACGUAUACACUCAGGCUUCAUUAAAAAAGGGACGACUAAUGAACGGGUUGUCAUCAGCAUUCCUGGAACAGCGGAAGGUGCAGCAGCAGCGAAGAUACUCCAAGAGAGGUAUUCGAUCCAUACCAAUAUCACCCAUAUCACGAGCUUGAUACAUGCAAUUGCAUGUAUGGAGGCUAAGCCCACGGUGGUGAGCAUCCCAGUCGGUAGGAUAUUAGAGUGGCACGAAGCCCGGCGGCGAAAGGUCUACAGCGACCUCCUCGAUCACCCGGGGGUAGAAGCGAUAGAAGCAAUCGGGAUCUACGUGAAAUUGCACGACAUGAAAACAAAAUUAUUGGGGACAGCCUUCCGUAGGCCUCAAGAGACACUGUACCUAGAAAAUUUGGACGCCGUGUCGUUGACCAAAAUGCAAUUGGACCGUCUUGACGCGCACAAUAUAUCAACUGAUAGCGCUCCGCCACCAUCAUGGCCAGCUUUAGAUACGACUCGGGCCUCAUUUCGCGCACGACAAGCGCAAUAUCCGACGUCAUUCCUUUCCGCGAAGUCCGGAUUCACAAGCUGCUUCUCUAUUGAAAGCAAGAGCGCGCUGUCGAACGUACUGUACUGGGAACUGGGGAGGGCAACUGUAACUAUGGAUAAGUUGGAGAACGCCGUCGAAGAGGAGCUUGCGCGGCAACUUACUUUGAAGUUUCUAGACAUCCAGACUCUGUACGGAAUAAGUCCUAAGCGUAGCAAAGGCAAGGAUAAACACAGAAAAGACUUGCCGAGCCACAAAGAAACUUCAAAGCACGCAAAGGCACGUAGUGAAGCACGAGCACCCCAGAGUUUGAUAGAUGGUUUAGACUAUUUUUGA